AUGUGUUUGGCUACGCGCGCCGGAAGUUGUGCGACUCUAGCUCAUGCUUCUGAAACAAAGCUAAGGACGCUUGCUUUGAUCAUUUUAAUUAUAAUAGCCCAUUUGGGCAACUGUUCAAAUAUUACAUUAAAACUGUCGUUCUACGGAAUAUCACAAAAGACAACAUGGCUGCAGACUGGUUAGGUAGUCUGGUGUCGAUAAACUGCGGAGAAACUCUGGGGGUGUACCAAGGCGAGGUGUCGUCUGUGGACCAGUCCAGCCAGACCAUCUCCCUCAAACAGCCCUUCCACAAUGGAGUCAAGUGUCCUGUGCCCGAGGUCACUUUUAGUGCCGUGGACAUCAAGGAGCUGAAGGUCCUGGAUAUAGUGAGUGGUAGAGGUGGUGUGGUUCCGAAGAGCAGCGAUCCGGUCUCAGUCCCACACCGAGGACACCAUAAGACCCAGGACAGGCUGGCUUCACCGCAGCAGCAGUGCUCGAAAAGCUACGGCGAUAAACACCUGGAGGUGCCGGGCCAGCCCAAGGGUUUCCGACGGAGACACAACUCCUGGUCGUCCAGUAGUCGGGGCGCCAACCAGGUCACCCCGAAGAAGAACGCUGUGAAGAACGGAGGAGGUGGUCAGAGGGACGAUGAGUGUUUCGGGGACAAUAUGGACGAUGGGCUUGACACAGACUUUGACUUCGAGGGGAACCUGGCGCUGUUCGACAAAGCUGCCGUGUUCUCACAGAUCGCCGGGUCGGAUCGCCGCGGUAACGGGGCCCGGUCGCGCGGUACGCCGCAAGAGCAGCAGCCGUCGCAAUACCGCCACGACAAGAACAUUCUAGAGACCAAACCUGUGGUUUACAGGCAGAUAGUUGUCCCUCAGCCUGGGGCCAAAGAGUAUUGCACUGACUCGGGCCUGGUGGUGCCCAGUAUUUCCUAUGAGCUGCACAAGCGUCUGUUGUCAGUAGCUGAACGUUAUGGCCUCUCAUUGGAGAGGAGGCUGGAGAUGACAGGUGUGUGUGCCAGUCAGAUGGCCUUGACGCUGCUGGGCGGGCCCAAUCGACUGACCCCUAAGAAUGUGCACCAGCGGCCCACUGUGGCCUUACUCUGUGGGCCUCACGUCCAGGGGGCCCAGGGUAUCAGCUGUGCUCGUCACCUGGCCAACCACGAGGUGGAGGUCAUAAUCUUCCUGCCUAACUUUGUCAAGGGGCUGGAUGCCAUCUCCAGUGAGAUCACGCUUUACACCAAGACAGAGGGCAGACAGGUCUCCAGUGCUGAAGAGCUUCCGGAAAGCCCCGUGGACCUUAUCAUCAACUGCCUGGACUGUCACGAGAACACCUUCCAUAUGGACCAGCCGUGGUACCAGACCGCUGUAGACUGGGCCAACCAGAACAGAGCUCCCGUGCUCAGCCUGGAUCCUCCAGUCAGCGGACAGGGCCACGCCGUAGAAGCCAAGUGGACACUGUCUCUGGGUCUCCCGCUACCACUGUCAGAGGGAGUAGGUAGGGUUUACCUGUGUGAUAUUGGGGUUCCCCGACAGGUGUUCCAGGAAGUUGGGAUCAAGUAUCAUUCUCCGUUCGGUUGUAAGUUUGUGGUGCCAUUGCACUCUGCGUAACUGAAGGGUUUCGAAUUACACAUGGACUCUUGGGCGCCCCCUACAUCUCUUGGGCGCCCCCUACAUCUCUUGGGCGUACCCUACAUCUCUUGGGCGCCCCCUACAUCUCUUGGGCGUACCCUACGUUUGUUCUGAGAAGUAAUUUGAACUAUGUUUAACUGGACUGCACUGACCUUUUGACCUUCAGAUUGAACUUUGAACUCUCUCACUGACCAUUCAGGGUAGUGUUCACUAUGUGCGAAACUAAAGAAAACUCCGAAAUGAAAUGAAACUGGUGGAAGUUAGUAUCUGAACUUAAGAAAUGCUUGUUGGAGUGCCCUAAUAAACACAACCCCCGGGUUUGGGGGAUUGACUUACAAGCAGGCCUUAAAUUCUUGACAUUUAACUUAAGUGUUAAAAAGCAUUUAUCCUUUUUAUUACGAAUGACCCUCGAGAAGACUUGUCCAAUAUACAUUCAUACAACACUUUUACAGGAUUGAACCAAGGAAUGACAGGAGAAGUAUGACGAUGACAACCCUGGAGACAUGGCUGGAAACUCCUCUGACCACCUCCUUUUAUAAUAUAGACUAUAUCCUCAGAUAAUGUUGGGUUCAGAAACCAUGAGGCCGAGACAGGGGAAAACUAACCAACAGUCCGGCAGCCUGCUGCCGAUGUGGGGAACCCAUUUCAUCCGGAUCGGAGACCCCCCCCAGGAAAUACCAUCUCAGUGUUGGAGAAACUGGAGACCCCCCAGGAAAUACCAUCUCA